GGAAGGGGGUCUCUUUGUGUGUUCUUGGCUAAAGAUACUCAGAAAGAAUGAUCAAUUCCUCUUUUCAUUGCCACCACAAUACCUCUUAAUAUUCCAAAAUCUAGCUUCUUAAAAAUAUUUCAGCAUAUCAAAUUAAAUCUUAAAAUGUACCAGCAGCUAUUAAUAGACAAAUAUAAGAGGGUUAUUUGUUUGAAUCUUUAUCAUUUAACAAUUACUAAAUAGAGGCUGAAUUCAAAUUGAAAACGUGACAAAACAUUUACUGUUGAGCGAUGGUGCCAUUUCGUGUGGAGAUUUUACGAAAACUGCUUCGUUCUUACGAAUCCGCAGGCUAAGGAAAUAAAAAAGCGAUAUCUGGGCACAUAUCAUCUCUAUAAGAGGCAAGUUCACCAUUAUCACUCCAUCCACCCUGCCCUCAAACCACCAGAGAAUAAUUAAAGCUGAAGAACGAUAAGGGAAAUAAUUACAUAGAAUUAUUUGGUUUAUAAGAUUCGACUGAGACAAAAUGGAAGGAAAGGGAAGAUAAAUAUUUCUUAUGUGAUUAAGCUAAUAAAUUCAAAUAAAAUAAAAAAUAAAAAAAUUAAAGUUGUUUUUAACCCGCUAAACAUUGUGCUUUGUAUUUGAAGUUUCCAGUAGUUUUGCAAGGUGCAUUUUCAUUUGAGUUUGAAUUACUUUAUCAGGAAGAAAAUAGAAGAUGAUAAAAAGCAAUUGCUUUUCACAAGUAAAAAAAAUCAUGAAUUUAAUAAAAGGUGAGACUGUAAAUGCAUACAGGUCAACCUUUAAGGUGUCGUGUAAAUAUUACGUCUGUUUGUUAAAAAAAACGAAGAAUUUAGCAAGCCACCUUCUCAUAAGGCUUAAUCAAUACUGGUUAACCAUCAAAAAGGCGAUACGAGUUAUUGCUUCAUUUAGUUCAUUUAUCCAUUUCGUCUAACUUUAAUUGAAUAUUAUAGCAUAAAGUAACAGCAUAUGAAGCGAAAAAGAAAUCUAAUCUACGACAUCAGGUCUGCUAGGCUUUCAACACAAGUGGAGAAAUAUUGUUUUAUUUUAAUCGCCAUUUCAAACCCAGAAAGGCGAUUGAAAUUUGGAUAUAAAAAUGUAAGCUUGAAGUAUAAAACAUUAUAGGAUCUACGUAAUGAAAAAUAAUAAUAAAAGUUCAAAUACGAAGGGACAAUUGCCUACGGCAACAAUAUAACUCAGAGAGCCUCUUUUAAGUAAAAAUAGCGAUUGCAAUGAUAGCGAAUAUUAUUUCUCGAAAAAAAAAAAAGAGAAAUCUGAUAUCCGAUUCCUGUUUGCUAUUGAAUGGGUCAGAAAGUGGCCGCAAAUUCAUGUAAAUCGAAGAACAAAGUGACACUUUCCUAGUUACGUAGGUGACUUCCCGGCGAACGGGGGCAUGCUUUUAAGUUUAAACUACGAACCUAAGGGCAGCAUAAGGAAAGGAGUAAUUUAGGAGUUGGUAGGGGUCAAGACAGAGCUGUUUUUAAGAUUUUAGUUUUGUAAAUACAGUCGGAGUGAGCAGGACUUCGCCAAAAGUACGAUGACAAAAUGCUGGAGAUGAAGUUGGUAUGUGGCUGCCAAGGAAAUGAAUUAGCGGAAGCUCACAGAAGAGCAGAAACAAACAAAGUGUAAAACGCAAAUCAUACGAUCCUUAGCACAAAGGAGACGCUGGAAUACGUGAUCUAGCGUUAUUAUGCGCACGUCUUAAAAGCAAUCUAUCUCGCGUGGAUCUGCUGUGAGAUAACAAGGGCGGCAGGUAAUAUCGGCGAAUCAAGAAGAAAGUUAAUUUUUCGCUCCAACAAAGCAAAAGCCUCGCACAACAUAAAAGUGGGAUUUCAAUCUUGAGAUUCAUCCGUUAAAGUGAAGAGCUAAAACGUGCAUCGCUGCGUGCAAAAACAGGGACUUUCAAUUUGUGUGUGAAGCGCUCCUCCGACUUUUCCUCCUAGGUAACAAGACCCCGAGACCCGCAGCUUAUUCACGUGAAAAAUAAAUUUCAGUAAAGGAGAAAAAAGAUAUUGAAGCCAUCUUUGAGAGUGGAUCCAUGUGCUGACGUCUCUUAAGAGCCUCGCUCUCGUAUAGACGUCGGUGGCUUUCUCGAACGAUUCUCAGAAAUCCUUGUUGGAAGAAUCCACACAUCCGCAGCUUCACUAUGGGGCUUGGUUGAUUCGGUGAACUUCGGCGAAAUGAGUGAUUUACCCUGACCUGUCUACAAACCGGUUUGACUCAUAGUGGUUUGAAGAUAAUUUUGAAUUCUAUUGAAGAGACUUUUAAUGUAGACCAUACCAGCCACUCGUAAGUCAUAUCGAUAUUUAUAGCCAAAAUAGCGGUUCUUAAAGUCCUCUUUGGCUUAGGGCGUGGCUGUAUGCAAGUAUACGACGAUACCCUCAUAGCAGUCACUGGUAAAGGGAAGGAGGUGUGACCGCUCAAGUCCUACGAAAUCAUCUUAGAACGAGUACUCGUUUGGGCAUUUAAACAACCCGUCUUUCUGUAGAAGAUACUUAACCAAAGGCAACGAUUACAAUUGAACUAAAUUUACUGAACUGAAGUUACGUUACUGAAGGUAAGCUGGUUUAUCAAAACCUUUUCCCUGAAUCGAUAGAGUCCACGUAAAGGGAUUUGGCUUAACGCGGUUGGGACAUACGUACAAGGAUCUUCAAAGACAUUACUCGUUAACAGAAGGCAAGGCGCGCGAUUUGGCAAGCCUAUUUGACUUAAACUACUUUAACUUCGCGGGUGGUAGUACCCAUUUCGGACUCUCUUUGGGGACGUGAAAGUACACUGACGUCAAGGCGAUAUCCCCGUGCAAUAUGGAUGUUUACCCACUCUGGUCGAUGACUUCCUUGGGAGUCCUGUCACUUCUCGUAAUCACCUCCAACAUUGCCGUCUGUAUCUUAGUUCUGUGCACACGGUCUCUGCGGACUUACACGAACGGCUUCGUCGUGUCUCUGGCCUUUGCGGAUAUUCUUAUAGGCCUGGCCCUGUUUAUCCAGUACCCGCUACAAGUUGAAAGCCCUGUUGCACUCAACGUAAUGUACAGCGUAUCUCUACUCUCUAGCGUGGCGAACUUAUGCGCAGUGACCUACGAUCGCUACUUAGCGGUACUGCAGCCUUUAAGGUAUACCCCGACGAUCGCAAAGUACUUUUUCCGGAUUCUUGUUGGGGUCUGGGUGACCGGACUUGUGUCCGCUGUUAUUCCUCUCACGUGGUUUCCAAGCACUUCAGGGGUCAUCCACCAGGUUUACCAGUUCGUUAUGCUUGUCGCGGGCAUCAUAAUCCCUUAUACUUUUAUCUUUAUCUGCUAUUGGCGAAUAUAUAAGCAGGUCCGAAUUUGCGUCGCGAAGGAACGAAAGCUAUCGAGACUCGUCUGCGACAGAGUCGAGCUCACGAAAUGCCGCCGCAUAUCCUCCGAGGCAAAGCUAGCGAAGGUGUUCAUCGUGAUAUCGGUUAUGUUCGUGCUGAGCUGGCUACCUGUGAUCUACGUCACGGCUGUCAUAGCAAUAGGGAAACCUGAGCUAAUGAUAAAAGCGUUGAAUUCAAGCUCACCCUUCACGCUCGCUCUUGGAUCUCUAGUGAAUCCUAUUUUGUACAGUUUUCUUAAACCUGACUUUAAGUUUGCGAUUCGUAAGCUGGUCCAGUCCUUGUUUCGAGGAGAUAGGUACUACAAGGAUGUGACAAGGAAAAAGAGUUCAGGGGACAUAUCCCGGCUUGAAGUGACAAUGCUUUCACAGAGACAUUCAUCUAUAGUCACUGUCAGUGAAAUGUAGGAGGUGUUUAAGAACAGUCAGUGAAAUGUAGAGGUGUUUUAUGGCAACAUACAGUCAAAGGGACAUUCAUCUAUAGUCACUGUCAAUGAAAUGUAGAGAUGUUUGAGGGCGACAUACAGUCAAAGGGACAUACAUCUAUUGUCACUGUCAGUGAAAUGUAGAGGUGUUUAUGGCAACAUACAGUCACAGAGACGUCUAUCUAUAGUCACUGUCAGUGAAAUGUAGAGAUGUUUGGGGGCGACAUACCGUCACAGAGACGUCUAUCUAUAGUCACUGUCAGUGAAAUGUAGAGGUUUGGGGGCGACAUACCGUCACAGAGACGUCUAUCUAUAGUCACUGUCAGUGAAAUGUAGAGGUGUUUAAGGCAACAUACAGUCCCAGAGACGUCUAUCUAUAGUCACUGUCAAUGAGAUGUAGAGAUGUUUGAAAACAGUCAGUGAAAUGUAGAUGUGUUUGAGGGCAACAUACAGUCCCAGAGCCAUUCAUCAUAGUCACUGUCAGUGAAAUGUAGAGGUGUUUGAGGGCGACAUGCACAAACAGAGAAAUUUAUCUAUUGUUACUUUCCGUGAGAAGUAAAGAAACUCGAGGAAACCAUACCGUCACAAACGAGUUAUCAUCAUUGUGCGGAUUCCCGCGAAGGACGAAAUCUAUUGUUCAAGUUGGUGAGAUGUAAAAAUCUCUCGAGGCCUCCAUGCUAAGAAAGAUGCAUUUUAGUAUUGUCGCUCUCAGUAAAAUGCAAAAAGUUGACGAGGACAGCAUGCUCCUUGACGGAGGCAAACUUCGAAGCAACUUUUAGCUAUGGAGGUUUUAAAGUCAAGUCAAGUCACAGAGGAAUAAGAGCAUAACAUUGGGGGGCUUUGACACGGGCACGGGGGCAAAAGGUGAAUCCUAGGGUAUAGAAAGAAAGAGGGAGGGGGGAGGAGUGGGAGGUAAUGUUUACCAUAUAUGGGGCCAUACAUGAAAAGUAAAACAAACAUGGCCUUAAGGCCCUGUCACACGUACCUUUUUUCUCUUGCUACCUGUCUCGCAAAAAAAUUGUUGCAGGUCGCACGCGCAUUCUAUUUCUUGCCCAGCCUUCGUAAAUAAAUAAUAAUAACUACUUUUUAAGCUCAAUGAGAAUUGGCAACGGCUGCAGCACUCUGUGAUGUUGGGCUACCUGUGGAAGGCGCAAUCCACAGGUAUCCCAACGUGACUAAUGAGGAUAAAGCAACGUAUAAAUUGAAUGCCAACAUUGAAGAUAAAACUGUGUGGUUAUUAAUUUAUCACACUCUUAGAGUAAACGAAUUUUUCUAUAAAAUUAAAGUGGAUUUAUAUAAGUGAAACACUAAAAAAAUAUACACUGCACAAGAAAAUACAUAGAUAAUCCUUCAAACUCAGAAGUACAAUCUCUAAUUGGUGAUAAUAUUGUAGAUAACCAAAAUACCAAUAAAAAUAAAAUAAUGAUUAAA